AUGCCCCCCAUGACCCGACGCAGUCACUCCAAGUCACGUCAUGGGUGUUCGAAUUGCAAGCAAAGACGUGUUAAGUGCGAUGAAACUCGCCCGGCAUGUCUUAACUGUGUCAAACGCCAUAAAUCAUGCCGUUACGAGGCAGUGGCCGCUUUGGUCUGGAAAGAAGAAAAUGCGCCUCCCAAGCGCUCUCAUCCAGCAUCGCCAAAAAAUCAUAACGAUGACAUUUUCGCCAUGCUGGAGAGGAUUACAGCGUCGCGGAGUAUCCGAUCAGUCUCGCCUGUAGCGGAGACUGUGCUCGAUCUGGAGCUGAUGAUGCACUGGUGCAAUUCGACUCACAAAAUAUUCGCCCGCAACGAGACCACGGCAUGGAUCUGGCGACAGCUAGUUCCUCAAGAGGCUUUCGCGCACAAGUUUCUAUUAUGGGGCAUUCUAUCCUUAUCUGCCCUGGAUCUCGCACGAUCCAAGCCUGCCGAGCAACGAUCAAUGUAUCUGAAUGCUGCCGCCUUUUAUCAGACCCAAGCAUUAAGCCUCUUUCGACUAGCACUACAGGAAGUCAAUGCUUUGAAUGCUAAGGCUCUUUUCUCCUUUGCUGGCAUUGUUGCUAUUUACGGGUUUGGGUCUUGCGAGAGGUUGAAUAUGACCGAUCCCAUACAAGAUCUCUUGCAGGUGCUCAUGCUUGUCCGUGGUGUCAAUCAAGUUAUCGCUUGCGUUGCACCUACACUUUUUGACAGCGAAUUUGCGCCGCUUCUGCAAAUGGAAGACGCCUCUGAACCCCUGCCACCCGACGCGGAAGCUACGUUUACCCAUUUACACGUCUUGAAUGACUUGAUUCAAAAUGGAACAGAAAGCCAUACGGUUCAUCAGCAAGCCAUCCAAAGCUUGGAAAACAUGAUUGCUACUCUUCAUGGCGGGCGCACUACUGUGUUCUUCUUCAUUAUCUUCGGCGCCAUUGGUGUCUUGCUCCAUGGCCGAGGCCGGUUUUUCAAGCUGUCUGGGAUAUUUUGGAUGACAAAGGACGCGAUUCAUUGCGGUGGCCUAUGGGACAGAUCUUCCCUCCGGAUUCUCCAGAAGAAAAAUGAUCUUGAAUGA